AGCUUUGGCCCAAACACGAAUGGAGAACACUGUUGCAGAGGUGGGGAUCGAGUUCAACAGAAAUACCACGCCUGCAGAAAUCCCACCAGCUUCUGACGUUGUACAAACCUUAGUAGAUGCAGUGAAUAAUCCCAACAUUACGCUCAACAUCACUAUUCAAGCCAACACUAUCCAAGUAGUUGAUACAAAUACAACUACCAAUGACACAACAACUGCAGCUCCCACGCAGCCACAGUCCUCUACAACCCCAGUUACAACCACAACUGUUGAGGCAGUUACAAUAAGACGGUUGACUUUCAGAUCAGCUGGAGAGACCUUUACAAAUGAUUUGCUGAAUCCCUCAUCUCAAGCAUUUAUCAAUCGGGCUAAUCUGCUCAAGUCAAAUCUGGAACCUUUCUACCAAAGAGCAUUUUCUUCAUUCCGCUUCUUGACUGUGAUUUCAUUCAGUAACGGAUCAAUCAUCAACAACAUGGACCUCACGUUUAGAUCCACAUCUGUACCUAACAACACUCAGAUUGCCACAGUUUUGAUCGAUGCAUCUUCCAACAUCACAGCCUUUAACAUCGACACCAACUUUAUUUUUGUGGAUGGUGCAGCGUCAAGUGGAGUGAGCCACAAGACCAGUCUCAUCACUGCAUCCUGUCUGGUGCUGCUGUCAUGGCUACUGUCAUGUCAGCAAUAGUCUCUGCUGAAGUCCAUGGAAUCCCAUUAGAAAAUGUCUGCAGUUACUGGUAUGAGGAGGGACAUCGUUCAUCUUCAAAAUCCAUGAAGAGCUUCUGAAGAAUAGCAAAUAUAAUA